AUGGUACCAUUGUUAGAAGGGAAGAAGGCUAACAUUCUCCUUGGUUGUUGGAAAAGCGUGAUAACCGACCCAGCAGAUGUUGAGGUUCUAUAUCGUCAAUCUACCGACCACCUGAAAGCAUCUCAGGCAAACGCAGGCUGGCUCCUCACACAGCUCCUCGGUUCCGGUCUUGGGCUUAUCAAUGGAGCCCGAUGGACUGGCUUACGAAAGGCACUCGACCCAACUUUCUCACACCAAGCAUCCAUGAACCUUCUACGAGAGAGCCUCAAUGUUGGUGCGGCAGAGUAUGUGGCCGAUAUUCAUAAGUUUGCGUUGCCAUGCAAGCAGGGCACAGAUGGAGAUGAAUUUAUAAUCAAUGCCACGGAAUCUCUCCAGCGAUAUCCGUUCUUCGAGGUGGCUUCAAUAUUCUAUGGUAAGAUGAGCAAGGAUGAGCAAGAACGGCUCUGGGAGCUCGGCCGUCGUUAUUCAGAGGUGUUUGCGUCAGUUGUGAUGGGUGGCAUCCAUCGAUUGAAACUAACAAAGUACCUCAAUACAGCCACCUGGAAAAAAACGCGGCAGUACCAGGAGGCCUGGCACCAAUUUAAUAAUGACAUGUACAAGUCCCGAGAAAUCAAGGAUCCUAGCUGUGCAAUAGUAACUCUCAUGGAUGCGGCGAAGAAGGGAGAGUUGACCCAGGCUGAGGCAAGUUGUUUCCGUUAA